AGCAGGUGUUAACAGAAAGCUGGAUAUGAAGCUGGAAGCUGUAGACUCUCAUGCUCUCUUUUAUGAAAGAAAGCUUGUGUCACUGGAGUUACGGAAGCGCCGGCGAUGUCAUGGCAAAGUUAGAGCAGCACGGACAAGAUCGUCAGGGACAUCAGCGCCAACAAAGCUGUCCCUCAAGUCAGACACAGAAGGUGAGGAGGAAGAGGAGGUGGAUGCAGAUGAAGAACUAGAUAGAACUGUUGGCUCUCUUUCGAACACCGAGGUGAAAAGCAAGCCAAAGCUCUCUGACUUGGUGAAAACUACUUGUAAGGAGAAGUUGCCAAAAAAACUUGACAAGAAAACUGGAGAUGGAGAACUGUUACUUCGAAAAACAGACUCAGAAUCUCAGGUUAACUUGCUGCAGAUUCUUCAAAAGCAUGGAAACCUGAGCAAAGUGCAAGCUCGCAGGGCUUUCUCUGCCUACCUAAAGCACGUUCAGUUGCGACUGAUGAAGGAGGUCGGUGACCAGAUCAAGAAUCCUGCUUGGGCUGCCAAAGAGGAUGAGCUAAUGGAGCUUGUGGUACGUUUUCUGAAGCGAGCUGCCAGCAAUCUCCAGCAGUCCUUGAGGAUGCUGCUCCCCAGCCGUCGUUUAGGACUAAAUGAUCGUCGUCGUAUCCUGGCUCACCAGCUGGGCGAGUUCAUCAUCUGUUAUAACAAGGAAACAGAGCAGAUGGUUCAGAAGCAAUCAAAAAAGAAACAGGAAGAGGAGCAGGAGGGAGCGAAUCCUGAAGAUUUUCAGAAAUUUAUUACCAAAGCAAGGAACUCUCCAGAUCUGGACUUUGAGAUGAGGAAGGAAGGGAAUUAG